UCCUCAGCUGAUGAAACGCUCAGCUUGUAUUUCACAGUUACAACUGUUACAACUUACAAGUCCAAAAUUAGAUUUAUACACUCGUUGAAUUUCAUCGACAAUAGUCAAGAAAAAAAAAAAUUAAGGGGAAUCUUAUAAUUGUGUAACCCUAUAUAUUAUCCAACGGUUUUAUACAAUUAUAAUAGUCAUUUAUUAAUUCAUUAAUAAUAAAAAAUAACUAUAAAAUUAAUAGUUAACAACUUUAAUAUUCGUGCGCUAAAAUAUUCAUUAAAAAUAGUAGAAAAAAAUAAUUCAACUUGGUCGUUUCUCUAUUCAAAUUAACUUGAAUAAAUAUUUUAAAUAAAAUAUAUAAUAAAUUCGAUGAGACAAGUGGGGAGCCUUGCAUUGGAAACAUUUCUUAGAAAUUAUAAUGGCACAAUAGAUUCUAUCCCUAUAUUCUCACAGGAAACAUACCUAUACAAUGAAAAAAAGAAAAAGAAGAACCUAAAUAAAAUAAGAAAGAAGAGAGAAAUUUCCAGCAGAACACAGUAGAAAAAAAUUAGCCGAGUGGAUCAGGACUUGUGGAUUUGCUGUUGAGUUGUUUGGAGCAGUUUGGAGCUGUUUGCAUCAGUUUACAUCAGCUAGUUUAAUUUUUUUUUCAUAUGAAGAUAACAAAAUAUUAAAUUAAAAAUUGUGUUGAUAAAUAAAAUAUACCAUGGAGUUAGAUAAUUACUCAACAAGGGAAAAAAAAGAUGCAGAAGUUGGAUUUAUCAAGAAGGAAAAAUUUGAUCCAUUUACUGAGAGAAAAGUGGAAAAUCCAACAACAGAUGGAGAAACAUUAACUCAUUUAUUAAAAGCAUCACUUGGUACUGGAAUUUUGUCAAUGGGUUGUGCCUUCAGAAGUUCUGGUCUUGCACUUGGUAUAAUAUCAACAAUUCUCAUUGGAUUUAUCAGCACAUACUGUGCUUACAUCUUGGUAAAAUGUGCACAUAUUUUGUAUCAUAAAUGCCAUAAAACUCAAAUGAGCUACGCUGAUAUUGCUGAAGCAGCUUUAGCAGUUGGACCAAAACCAUUUAGAAAAUUUGCUAAAUUAUUAAGAGUAAUUGUUGAUUUGGGUUUAUUUUGUAUUUAUUAUGGUGCUUGUGUUGCCUGCACAGUAAUUGUUGCAAAAAAUUUUAAACAAAUACUUGAUUUUCAUGAAAUACAUUACAACAAUGAAUUUAUUCCAUUAAGUUGGAUAAUUGUUGUAUUAUUAAUUCCAAUAAUACUCCUAACAUUGAUCCAAGAUCUUAAAUAUCUUGCACCAGUAUCAACAAUUGCAAAUGGUUUGAUGUUUGGUGGUUUAACAAUAAUUUUCAUUUGGCUUGUAACAGAGUUAUUUGGAAAAGAUUUAAUACAUCAAAAAGGUUUUAAUUGGAUUGGAAUUGAUGAAAAUAAAUCAUUGUCAUUGUCUUGGUAUUCAAAGUAUUCAGAAACAUUUGCAAUAACUAUUUUUGCAAUGGCUGCUAUUGGAGUUGUAAUGCCACUUGAAAAUAAAAUGAAAACACCAAAGAAUUUCCUUGGUCCAGUUGGAAUAUUAAGUAAAGGAAUGAUAUUUGUUACAAUUAUUUAUAUGAUUGCUGGUAUUUUGGCUUACUUGAAAGAUCCAAUUGCAACAACUGAUGUUAUAACACUCGAAAUGCCUAUGGAUGGAACUUUUUUGACGAGUUUUAUGGCACAAGCUGCAAGAAUUUUAAUAAGCUUAUCAGUAUUUUCAUCUUACUGUUUAUGCUUAUUUGUUUGUCUUGAAAUUAUUUGGAAUCUUAUUAAAAAUAAUUUUACAGAUAAUCCUAAAAGAGCUAAUUAUAUUUUAAAGCUAAUCCUUGCUGUUGCCAGUGUAAUGCUGGCAUUUUUCUUUCCAAAUGUUAUUGCAAUUCUUGGAAUAAUUGGUGCAUUUUUCCUCUCAAUAUUGGGUCUUCUUGUACCAGUUAUUAUUGAAACAAUAACAUACUGGGAAGAUGACAAUCAUCGUGUAUUACGAGCACUUAAAAAUAUUGUCAUAGCUAUUGUUGCAUUAAAUGCACUUUAUUUUGGAGCACUUGCUUAAAUUUAUAAUGAAUUUUAUCAUUUAUUACCUCUUGUAAUUUUAUUUUUAAUUUUCGUUAUUAAAAAUCAUUAUUACAU